AUGGUACCACCUCCUUGUUGUGCCCCAAAUAAGAAUAGAUGGACUACAUCCGAGCCCUCUACUUUAGCAGUGGAACCCUUAGAGGUCAUUCCUCCAGUGAUGGCCCGUUCUCCACCAGCGUCCCUAAUUGUGCCUCAAGAAGGGGAUGAUCUGGGUAGCCUGCAUCAUGAAUUCGAGUUUUUUCGAUCUGAGAGAUUUGCAACUCUUGCCACACCCCCUAGGCCCUCUGUACAUUCAGCUUCCUUAUCUCCUGCAGCUUCUCCGGUCGUGCAUUCUGUUACCUAUCUAUCUCCCCCUCCUCAGGCCACUCCACCGGCAAGCCUGGUUCCUACUCAAGCACCAUCUCCUGCUUCUACUUCACCUGAUUCACCAGCAGUCUCUAACAAUGUUUAUGUGGAGGAGGAGGCUACCCCGAGCCUGCACUCUAGCAUUGCUCUUCAUUUUGAUGAUGGCACUCCUUUUAAUGCAUUGGUGAUUUAG